AUGAACUUUCAGGUGUUCGUUAGUGUCGGGAUUGUCAGGGUUUUAGACUUUCAGGAAUUAUUACUGUCGGGAUUUCGUGAUAGAUUCGAAAAAAAAUUUUUCAUUAGUCCGACUAUGAAUGAGGCACAAAUCGGUAAAAAACAAAGUUCCGAAAUUUCUUUAUUUAAAAAUACUAUUUCAGUAGCUCCAUUUAUCUGCAAAUGGUCUGAUGCUCAUUUAAAACAACAACGCUUUAAUACUCAAAAGGAACUUGAACUUCAUGUCGACAAUGAUCACAAGGACUUUACAAAAUUAGAAGUCUUGCAUCAAGGCCGAAUUUAUCUAUGUACAUGGGAAGGUUGUAAAAAGCAGCAGAGUAAUAUUAUCAAGUUAAAAGGCGCCAAUGAUAUGACGAAUAUUAUUAAUUGUGGUGAUGAAGAAAUGCUGUAUGAAGAAGUUGAGAAGCAGAGAAUAGCCAACAAAGAUGACAACAAUCUUCCUAUGUCUUAUGCCGAUGCGGUAAAGAAAUCUCCACACAAAACUCUUGACGAUAUUUUCCCUAAAGUAAAUGAAAAUAAAAUCGUGUAUGGAAAGUUCGGUUCUGGAUAUGAUCUUGAAAACGAGAAUCAAGAUGAUUUACCCGAUGCGCCAAAGGAAAUCGAAUAUAAAACUGAAAGAGAAAGGGAUCAGGAAAUGUUUGAUUCAUAUUGUGAAUGCCAUAAAGGAUCAAAGGCGGUUGAGUUAUUAACUAAAGCUUUUGAAGUAUUAGAAAAUGGAAUUUAA